UUUUGUCUCGGUUUUUUUUGCAUUUGUAAUUGUUGUAUACAAAAUAAAAACAUUGGAAAAUUAAUGUUUUUGCUUUUAUCAGAAUUCACUUUAGCCCUUUCUGUAGUGAUUAAACUUUGAAAUUCUGAAAAUGAUUUUGAAAACUAUUAUUUAUCCUGUUUCCUGCAUGAGCCGUCAUUUCUUCUGAAUUAUUUGGCAUUAUCGUUGAAUACUUUUAUUCAUCAUAAUUUUUGCAUUUAUUGUGUAUGAGAACACUCAUCUAGGCUUUAUUGUCGUUCGUAAUUUCAAGUUUCAAGUUCUGUGAUAAAAUACAAAAAUUUACAUGAAAGAUUUGUUAUAAAAAAUUAAUCGGAAUCGAAUGCAAAUUUUCAUUCUUAUUUUUUGACGUCAACUUUGUUUUCUCAUCAAAAAAUGCCUCCCGAUCAUUCUUUUAAUGUCAAAGACUUUAUAAAUGAAGCCAAAGAUGAUUUUCAUUCACCAACAACAUCGACAUUUUAUUCAAAUAUUUCCUAUUGUAAACAAUUGGUCAACUCUAUUGAAGAGGGCCUUGAUCUUGAUCGAAAUGGAUUGUCCAAGAUGAAAAAAUCUGUUAAAGCUAUACAUAAUGGAGGAUGUGCUAAUUAUGGAAAUAAAAUCAUAUUGUAAUCUUUAGAAAAAUUGGGUAUCAAUUCGUCAAAUUUACGUGAAAAGGAAGAAUUUAUUGGAGCUGCAUUUGUGAAAUUUUCAUUCAUCGUAAAAGAAUUGGCCGCUUUGGAAAAAACUUUAAUGCAAAGCUUAUGCAAUAUAAUUAUGUUUCCCGUGGAUAACGUUCUCAAAGGUGAUCUUAAAGGUGUGAAGAAUGAGUUGAAAAAACCCGUCGAUAAAGCGUUAAAAGAAUAUGAAAUUAAAAUGAGCAAACUUGAAAAAGAGAAAAAAGCUCAGGCCAAAGAAGCCGGAUUAAUACGGACUGAAAUAACCGGAGCUGAAAUGGCAGAAGAAAUGGACCGUGAAAGGAAACAGCUCCAAUAUCAGAUGUGUGAAUAUUUGAUUAAAGCGAAUGAUAUUGAGAUGAAGAAAUCUUUUGAUUUGCUACUGCAUUAUAUCGAAUAUUUUAAUGCUCAAUGUAAAUAUUUUCGUGCUGGUCUUGAAGCAAUUGAACAAUUUCAAUCAUUUAUCAAUGAUUGUACAGUACAGAUACAGCAAGCACGACAACGAAAAGAGGAAGAGAAACGAGAAUUGUUCGAACUUAGAUCAUUGCUUAAAUCAUCCAAUGCAUUAUUUGAUACUUAUUCGAUGAAUACUAGUUCAAUAAUGAAUGAUUCGCAUCAUUCGGAUCAAUCGAAUAGGCGAUCGGUUGGCUAUUAUUCUUUACACCAACCUCAAGGUAACAAACAAUAUGGGUGUUAUAAAUCGGGAUAUUUGCUGAAAAAAUCCGAGAGUAAAAUGCGUGUCAAAGUAUGGCAAAAACGUAAAUGUGAAGUCAAAGACGGAUUCCUUUACAUUUGGCAUUCGGAUGAAUCAAAACCACCUACUAAAGUAAAUUUGUUGACAUGUCAGAUUAAAACUUGUCAGCAACAACAGAAUGUGCAAUCACAAUCGAUAACAGGUGAUGAUAGAGCACAAUCAUCAUUGUCACAAACAUCCAAUCUGACCAAUCCGGCUAAUAAUCAACUUAAAAAUUUUGGAACUAAUUUUGAUCUCAUCUCCUAUAAUCGUACUUAUCAUUUUCAAGUAGAAGAUGAACAUGAUGCCGAAGCCUGGAUAUCCGUUCUAAUUAACAACAAGGAAGGUGCUCUUAAAAAAGAGUUUGAUAACUCCACGUCUGAUAAAGUUGCAAAUUCUGAGCUAGCAUAUUCAUCGAUGGCAAUGACCAAUUCUAAUAAUCGAAUAAUAGAUUCAUCAAAUGAUCCAAAUUCCAAUCUUCCUAAACUUCGUCAAAACAUAAUUGAACAUAUACGAAAACUGCCUGGUAAUGACUGCUGUGUAGAUUGUGGUUCAACCCAAGAACCAACUUGGCUGGCUACCAAUUUCGGUGUAUUGACUUGCAUUGAAUGUUCUGGAAUUCAUCGUGAAAUGGGAGUCCAUGUUUCACGGAUACAAUCACUAACAUUGGAUAAUAUUGGUACAUCACAGCUGCUGAUUGCAGCAACAAUGAGUAAUAAUGGCUUCAAUGAUAUUAUGGAAGCCAGCUGUAAUAUUCAAACAUUCAAACCUAAACCAAAUAGCACAAUGGAUGAACGAAAUCAAUUCAUUAGGAAUAAAUAUCUACAUCGCAAAUAUAUAAUUAAAACAUGUACAUCCGAAUUGGAAUUGCUAAAUGAUCUCGAACAGGCUGUUCACUCCAAAGAUAUAUACUUUCUGUUACAGGUUUGGGCAGAAGGUGCUAAUCUUAGUGCGCCAUUACCAUCAAAUACUUUGAUGGAAACGGCAUUACAUCAGUCGAUUAUGCGGGAAUAUGAUGGCAGUUCCCUUUAUAUCGUUGAUUUUUUAAUCCAAAAUUCGCCCGAUCUCGAUGUGAUAACUAGGCCGGAUGGCAAUACGGCUCUACAUUAUUGUGUCAUAUAUAAUCGACCAGAAUGUAUGAAACUAUUGCUUCGCUCAAAGGCCAAUUAUUCUCUAAAAAAUAAAAUGAACAAAACCCCAAUGGAUUUAGCUCGAGAUGAUCAGAAUAUAUUUUUGAUCCAAUUGCUGGAAUGUGCGGAAAAGAAUCAAAAAUCAUUGUUUGAGAACAUUAUCAUUCACUAUAGUGUCCAGACGGAAGAUCCAUCCACCGAUUUUUCCGAUGAUGAUCUCGAUGAAAAGAAUGGUGCAAUCAGAAAUGCUGAUGAAAUUCGCCGUGUGAAUCAAUUGAUGUUCAAUCAGAAUGAACAAUCAUUGACAAAUAAUCGAAUUCGUUCUAGUAAUCGAAAAUUUUCAUUUCGCUAUCAAACUGAAAGCGAAUCGGAUUCCAAUGAAUUGAAGAGUAAUGCUCAGACAUCAAAAUCAUCUCUUUACAACAAUUAUUCUACAGCCAAUCAUACAGCAGGAACAUUUACUUCCUCAGCUCAAAAUUCUCGACCAUCAAGUGUAGUUGGAGAUUUUUAUUCAACUGUAGUGAAUAUUGAUACUUCAAAUACAAAAGCCACAAAUAUUGUUAACAGUUCAGAUCCAGAUUCACUUGUUCGUGGUAAUGUAGUUAGAAAUAGCCGACUUAGGUUUUCGGCCGAAUCACAGCAGCCUCAAAUACCGAAUAAAGAUGGUCAUUCUCGAGCAGCAUCAGCUGAUAUAAGCUCCAAUUCAAAUUCCUUAAAUUCAACCUCUAUAACCACUCACAACAAUCUGCAACAAGUGAUGACAUCGAAAAUGAGUCAACACAUACGUAACAAUUCUGUUGAUAAUUCACUUGUCACUUCCGUAUUUUCCACUCCUGGUUUGUCUGUUAAACAAUCAAGUACACUGUCUACCAAUAAUAAUCAGCCACAACCAAACAAACCUGCUGUCCCUCUUAAACCAGCAGGGAUAGUUUCAGUCUUUGUUCCAGGAUCGAAUACAACAGCUGCAGGAACAACGUCAUCAACUACGAAUACCUGUAAAAAAGUUGGAAUAUCAAACAUUUAUGGAAAAGUGAUGACCACCACUCCUGCUAUUCCAGCAAAAGCAGACAAUUCAGACGUUGCUCGAUAUCCAAAUGAAAUGUCCGUACAAUUACAACAAAUGAGUGAAAGCAGCGUUAAUCAUCCCGUACCACCACCUCGGAAGAAAAUUCACGAUUCUCAUGGAACACCUGGAAAAUUCCGUCGAUGCUUAGCUCUUUACGAUUGUGAUGCGGAUCAAUCUGAUGAGAUUUCAUUUAAAUCUGGAGAAAUAAUCACAGUCAUCAACGAAGUGACCAAUGACGAUGACUGGAUGGAAGGAAUGAUUGAAGGCGAUCCUUCCAGGCGUGGAUUAUUUCCAGCCAUUUUUGUUCAAUUCAUUGAAUAAUAAUGCAGUCCUCGAUCAUCGUAUACCAAAAAGACCGUCAUCCUGUUAUUUAAUGAUUAUAUUUGUUUAAUUCCUACUAAUGUUAUUUUCUAGUCACUUUUGAAUUUUUUUCAAAUAAUUAGAAUUUGUCAAUUUAUUGCUUUGCUAUAUCUUAAAAUUUUCAUCUUGGGUUCAAAUCACUGACGCAUUUAUAAACAAACUCAUCAAUUGAAAAUGAUUUUUUUUUUGAAUUUAUUAAAAUUUGAUUUUUGUGGUAAAU